AGUAACCGCGUUGAGUUUGAGGAAAUAUGGUGUUUCUCGGUGGGAAUGAUGGACGUAGUAGACUCCAUUGAUCCGUACAGUCGACCGGCGCGCAGGACACAAUGGGUGGUCAGCACUCUGGCUUACCAUUACGGACUGGACCGGGGGGUGGAGAACGAGAUCAUAGUUCUGGCUACCGGCUUGGAUCAGUACCUCCAGGAGAUCUUCCAUCAUAUGGACUAUCAUGGCGGGGGGAAAAUCCCCGUCGAGGAUUUCAACAUUCUGUGUGACGUCCUGGGACUAAACAAAGACUCGGAGGACACGGAGUGCACCGGGGUCCUGGACAACCUGCCCGACGAGCUCACCUUCAGACACUUCCACGCCAAGCUGUGCGGGUACUUCAGCACCAAGGCGGGGCGCCAAUACGAGAACGGCCGGCUGCUGGUCGGGAAGGACAGCGAGCACAUAGAGACUCAGAUCCGCCUGCGGAGCCCCCUGAGGCGGCGAGAGAAGCUUCUGUCCGGGGGCGCGAGCAGCGACUCCUGCCCCGCCGCCGCCGCUGGGGUUGGUGGUGGUGGGCGGCACGCCUCCGGCUGCAGGCUCGGGUCCUGCACCAAGGAGUGCUACGAGGAGAUAGUGGCGCUGGAGGAGGCCGAGGACCGGAUAGCAAAGCUGGAGGACGAAAACGCAAGUUUGCGCGAGCUCAUCGAAGACAUGCGCGCCGCACUUCAGAGCAGCGACGCCCGCUGUUUGGCUCUGCAGGUAGGACUAUGGAAAAGCCAUUCCAAGCAUAAACCAGAGGAUGGCUGCCUCGCCGCCCACCAGAAACAAGCAAGCCAGAAGAGUUUGAGCAACCUGAAGAGCCUGCAGAGCAUCAUCCACGAGAUAGAGCUGCUGCGGAGCUCCAGAGACCUGCAGGUAGAGGAGGCCAUGCUGUGUAACGAGAGGAUGGAGCAGGAGCUGUGGACCUCGAAGGAGACCGUGGCCACCCUGGAGGACUGCAACCGAACCCUGAAGAGGGAGCAGGUGGGCAUGAGGAGGAAGGUGGAGGAGGCCAGGCAGGCGCUGCUCAGCGGCCUGGGUAAGGUGAAGGAACUGGAGGCCAAGGCCAACCAUGUGCCGACGCUGCAGAGGCACGUCCUCCAGCUGGAAUCAGAGCUCCUCUACUACAGGUCAGAGGUGUCGAAACUGCAACUCCCAGGCAGCACCGGGGCGGAGGAGCAGCAGCCCGGCGUCGGCAGCAGGCCGGGCCAGAGAUGCUGCUCGGACUCCCAGCACGACCGAUGCUCUCCAACGGGGCGUGCUGUGACGACGCCGGAUAAAAUGGAGGAGCAGCUGUUUCGUUCGGUGGAGGGCCAGGCGGCGUCCGACGAGGAGGACGAUAAGUUGACCGACGAUCAGCAGCGGCAGGUGGACGAGGUGAAGAGGAUCUUGACGAGGCUGUCCUGCUGCGGGGAAAGGUGCGACGACAAGGCGUUCAAGAAACUGAUGUCCAAUUAUGGGAGCUCGAGGAGCGAGGAGAGCUGCAGCGCUGUGGUGGAGCUCCUGGAGAGGGUGGCCAGGUUGCAUAAGCAGCUGGAGCUAAAGGAGAGCCAGGCGGAGAUGGACAUGGACCAGAUGAAGGACUCUCUGGUGCAGGAGCUUCAGCAGAAGGCAGAGGAGACUGAGCUGCUUCAGAUGGAGCUGCAGAUGCUGGAGACGGAGCGGGUUCGUCUGUCGCUGGUGGAGGAGAAGCUUGCGGACAUCCUGCAGCUCCUGCAGCAGCUCAGGGACCUGAACGUCUCGCGGCGGUCCCUCGGGAAAAUCUUGCUCAGCACUUUGGGGUCCUGCAGCGACCCGCAACACGGGAAAGCUCACAUCCUGGAGGUGCUCAACGCCCUCUAUCAUGAGCUGGCCGCCUGCGAGAUCCUGUCCGCUGGUGGACAUUUGGAGCGAACACAGAGCCAGCGGUCUCUGAGCGCCCUCUUCAUCUCCUGCUAA